AGACCCCGCCCCCCUUAAGAAGAGAAGCUGAAGCCCCUGCAGGACGGGGGCCCAUGUCGCCAUGGGUUCUACAGCUACCACGGAGGGAGCGCUGGGCUACGUCCGCGAGUUCACUCGCCACUCCUCCGACGUGCUGGGCAAUCUGAACCAGCUGCGCCUGCGCGGGAUCCUCACUGACGUCACGCUGCUAGUUGGCGGGCAACCCCUCCGGGCGCACAAGGCAGUUCUCAUCGCUUGCAGUGGCUUCUUCUAUUCAAUUUUUCGGGGCCGAGCGGGAGUGGGGGUGGACGUGCUUUCUCUACCCGGGGGCCCUGAAGCGAGAGGCUUCACUACUCUUCUGGACUUCAUGUAUACUUCGCGCCUGCGGCUCUCUCCCACCACUGCACCAGCCGUUCUUGCGGCUGCCACCUACUUGCAGAUGGAACACGUGGUCCAGGCAUGUCACCGCUUCAUCCAGGCCAGCUAUGAACCUCUGGGCAUCUCCAUGCAACCACUGGAAGCAGAACCCCCCCUGCCCCCAACGGCCCCUCCACCAGGCAGUCCCAGGCGCUCUGAAGGACACCCAGAUCCACCAACUGAGUCUCGAAGCUGCAGUCAAGGUCCCCCAAGUCCAGCCAGCCCAGAUCCCAAAGCCUGCAACUGGAAAAAGUACAAGUACAUUGUGCUAAACUCUCAGGCCUCCCAAGCAGGGAGCUUGGUGGGGGAGAAGAGUUCUGGUCAACCUUGCUCCCAAGCCAAGCUACCCAGUGGAGAUGAGGCCUCCAGCAGCAGCAGCAGUGAAGAAGGACCCAUUCCUGGUCCCCAGAGCAGGCUCUCUCCAACUACUGCUACCAUACAGUUCAACUGUGGGACUCCAGCCAAUAACCCCCAUCUCCUCACAGCCCAGGCUCAAAAGACUACUGGAUCACCCUCUGAACAGGCUCAUCCAUCACCAAGAAGUGAAUUCUUCAGCUGCCAGAACUGUGAGGCUGUGGCAGGGUGCUCAUCCGGACUGGACCUCCUGGCUGAGGACAAGCCCUACAAGUGUCAGCUCUGCCAGUCUGCCUUCCGAUACAAGGGCAACCUGGCCAGCCACCGUACUGUGCACACAGGGGAAAAACCCUACCACUGCUCAGUCUGCGGCGCCCGUUUUAACCGGCCCGCUAACCUGAAAACGCACAGCCGCAUCCAUUCCGGUGAAAAGCCCUAUAAGUGUGAAACUUGCGGCUCGCGCUUUGUACAGGUUGCCCACCUGCGGGCUCACGUGCUGAUCCACACUGGAGAGAAGCCCUAUCCAUGCCCCACCUGCGGGACUCGCUUCCGCCACCUACAGACACUCAAGAGCCACGUUCGCAUCCACACGGGAGAGAAGCCUUACCACUGUGACCCCUGUGGUCUGCAUUUCCGGCACAAGAGUCAACUGAGGCUGCAUCUGCGCCAGAAACAUGGAGCUGCUACCAACACCAAAGUGCACUACCACAUUCUUGGGGGACCCUAGCUAAGCACUGGCCCAGACUCCAUUCACUUCCUAGGGACCAGAAAAGCUGCAGGUUCAGGGGUGUGCAAGGUCACUCUGGCAUUAGAAACUGCUGCCACCUUAAUUUCUUACUGGGGAGAGCAGGGGUGGCAGAUCCCAGCUAGAUCUGCCUCUGUUUUGCUGGUCAAAACCUCUUCCCCACAAUCCAGAUUGUUUCUGAGGAGAGAGCUAGCCAGAGAAUGGGGGAGGGGAGUGAAUGGAGGCCUGGUUUCCUUAAGGGAACACCUGUCCACUCAUGGCCACUAUCAAAUUCAGUUUAUCUGUAAAUAUAAUUUAUUGACCUUUGGGUGGCACCAGGGCCUUCAUUUUAUUGCAUUUCCCACUUCCCUCUUCCACUGGUAACCCAGAAUACAGAAAGUGAC